GUAGAGGCGGAUCGCGGUGUCAUGUGUUGUGAUUAUUAGGUGUUAAGGUGAAAAUAUCAGUGACAAUUUUCGAUGAAUUUACCAAAGGAAAACCGUUCAGCGUGAUUAAUAAGAGCCUUCAACAACAACACAAUGACGAACAAAGUCAUCCGUAUAUUUUUCAUUCCGUUUAUAACCUUAAGCGUUACUGCGACAAUUGGUGCGUACGUGAACGAUGUGUCACACGUCCAAGUCAAGACUGAGCCACAGCUCAGGUGGUAUUUUACCGAAAGAAUACAUCCCCAGGAAUCCACCUUGAAUAAUAACAGACUAAAGAGAUCUAUUGAACAUCCCCUCGUCGCAGUGGAGAUAAAACUAAUUGACGAACCAGAUUGCAAGCAGGAUUUACACCGCCUUUGCGGUAGAAUGGUCACAAAUGAUGAUGAUUUGUUUGUACUCGAGUGUGUUCAAACUUUCAAGGCAAACGAAAUAAAAAGCCUGAACGAAAAAUGCCAUCAUACAAUCUGGAAGCACAUACAGAUUUUAUUAGAUGACAAACAUGUAAAAGAUUCAAUGACUGAAGUCUGUGGGCAGGACUUGGAUCGAUUUGGUUGUCAAGUUACAUCAGAAGUUGGAUCAUAUUUGGCUUGUAUUGUUGAUAAGCGAGAUGAAAUUGACAAACCACAGUGCCAGGAAAAAGUUCAACGUCUUGAGUGGGUCGCUUUCAGUGACUACAAAAUUGUAACCCAUGUUGAUAAGGAUUGUUCAGCUGAAAUACAUGAGUUUAACUGUGGUAGAAUACAGCCUUAUCAAGGGCAAACACUAGCCUGUCUACAGCAGUAUCUAGAUAAACUAGGGCCGCUGUGCAAGAAACGAAUUUUGCACGUUUCGGAGGUCCAGGGUGACAAUGUUAAGUUUGAUCGUCAACUCUACAUGGCUUGCACACAAGAUCACAUCCAUUUCUGUCCUGAUAUUAAACCAGGGAGCGGCCUCGUGUACAAAUGCCUCAUGCAGUUCAAAGCUGAUAAAGUUAUGACAAGACAAUGCCGGGAUCAGUUGACUAGACGUGAAAAAUUAAUAGCAUUGGAUUACAAAGUGAGCAAGGGUUUAGUCAGAGCAUGUAAAGAAGAUAUUAAGACUUACCACUGUCGCCGAUCAGUGUCAGAAGAUAAAGACAUAAGAUUAUCGCAAAUCUUAUUGUGCUUGGAGGCAGCUGUGAGAAAUUCGAGUAAAAUAUCAGCUGAUUGUCAGUCAGAGAUGUUCGAUCACAGAAAGAUUCUUAUGGAAGAUUAUAGAUUAUCUCCAGAAAUAGUCAGCGACUGUGGUAAUGAUAUACAGAAAUUCUGCAACGGACUCGAGGUUGGCGGUAAAACUAUACAUUGCUUGAUGGAGCAUACAAGGUCCAGGAAAAAAAAAUUGCGAGUAUCAGCCAACUGCCAAAGAGCGCUGGAAGGACUAAUCAAAGAAGUUGGUGCUGGUGAAGAUUGGCGUCUAGACCCGGUAUUGCAUGACGCUUGCCAACCGGUUGUUGACAUCGCAUGUAGAGAUGUUCGAGCCGGUGAUGCCCGAGUAAUAUCUUGUCUAAUGGAUAAACUUGGCACCGACAGGAUGACUGAAGCAUGUGAAACAGCAUUAGUACAAAUACAGUACUUUGUGGCCAGAGAUUUUAAGCUUGAUCCACAGUUAUAUAGGGCUUGCAGAGCAGAUGCCAAUCACUUCUGUAAUGCGAAAAACUCUUGGACUGCUGAUGGCACUCAAACAGAUCGUGAAAGAGGCGCUUAUGUGCUGCCAUGCUUGUACAGAUACGCUGAUCAUCCUCAAACCAAUAUGACUCUAAAGCGUGCUUGUUUGGAUGAAAUCAAAAGAGUAAUGCGGCAAAGAGCCUUGACUGUAGACUUACAGCCUGAGGUAGAAGAAGCUUGUCUGAACGACCUGUCACUGUAUUGCUACGACAAAACAGCAAAAGGAGAAGAAUUCGAGUGUCUCCAAGAUAAUUUGGAUAGUUUAGAACAGAAGUGCAAAUCAGCUGUGGGUAAUCUGACUGAGGAACAAGCUGAACACGUUGAACUUAACCCAAUCAUAUCAUCGGCAUGUGAACACAUUAUGGAAAAGCACUGUGAGGCGGAACUAAGAGCUGGUCGAGACGAAGGUGAUUUAAUGGAGUGUCUGAUUGAGCACAAAAAUGAUCCAGACUUGAGAAAAGAUUUUAAAUGUCGAGCUGCAGUGGAACACUUUCAGUUGAUAUCUUUGAAGAACUAUCGGUUUACUUAUAAGUUCAAAGAAGCUUGUCGUCCACAUGUUAUACGGUGGUGCCCAACAUCUAAAAUUAAGGCUCAAGUUAUUCAAUGCCUAAGCACCAUGGUCCAAGAAGAUAUAAUACAAGAAAAAUCACACCGAAUUCCUAAGGAAUGUCGACAACAACUAAGAGCCCAGUUAUAUCAACAAAGAGAAAACAUCAACUUUGAUCCCAUUUUGCAAAAAGCUUGUUCUGCAGACAUACAAAAAUUGUGCUCAAAUAAGACACCAGGAAAUUCGCAAAUUCUGGAAUGCCUGGCAUCAAAUAAACAGUCUUUGUCCGACGAUUGUCACAAAAAAUUGUUUAAUGUCAGGAAGCAAGAACUGCGAGAUAGUUCCAGCGAUUUUGCUCUUUUGAAUACAUGCCAUGCCAUGUUGCGGCAGUAUUGUCACGAGGAAAGUCAGUCACAGGCUUUAACUUGCUUGAAAAAGUUCAAAGAUGAGCGAACUUUCGAUGACGAUUGCAAGGGUAUCGUCAUUCAACGAAUGAUUGAACAGAAUACAGAUUAUAGGUUUAAUCCGAAGUUGCAAUCAGCAUGUUCUUCGGAUAUUGAUAAACACUGUAAAAAUGUCUUGAAAGCCAAUUCCGUAGACAAAGAAUUGGAAGGAAAAGUAAUACGAUGUUUGAAAAACAAAUUCCGAGACGCUAAGCUCACAGAUAAGUGUGAAGGAGAAAUGGCAAACAUUUUGAGAGAAGCUGCACUCAACUAUCGCCUCAAUCCGCUACUUGCAGCGAUGUGUGCUCAGGAGAUUCAAUCGAUAUGUGGAGAUGAAGAAAAUACACCAGGUUCGGUCGAAGAGUGUUUAAAAAACAAAUUUAACUCUGGAGACACACAAAUGCGUGAGGAGUGCCGAAUGGAAGUUGCCUACCUCAUUGAACAGGCAAAAGCUGAUAUAAAUGUAGACCCGCUUUUACAAAAAGCAUGCUCCAUAGAUGUCAGUAAAUUCUGCAGCGACAUACCUCAAGGAGCUGGCAGACAUAUUAUGUGUUUGCAAAAUGUCCUCAAUGAUGAAAAAAUAUCGCUUCAGCCAGACUGCUUUAAAAUGCUGUCUACCAGAAUAGAAAUGUUUAGAAAUGCUGCUGAGCUCACAGCACCGAAGAACAUAGAAGAACUUUACUCAACUGUAAUAAAAAAAUCGCCAGCAAAAAGAUAUUUUUUGAUUGUUGCAUCAACAGUUAUUGGAGUUGCUUUUAUCAUCGGUUUGUUCUGUGGGAAGGUGACAAGGAGAACAAUGGUAAUGAAAAACAAAUAAUCUAUUUAAUAAAUACGAAAACUUGUGUGAAAGUGGGCAACUAAUAACUACAAUAGCUGAAAGGAUUUGUCGCUUUGAGAUGACGUCAGCGUUUUAUUUUAAUGGACUUAAAGGAUAUUUUGUUCAUCAGCGAUAGAAGUUUUAAUUCGUAAAUAGUCUUAUUCAAUCGUUUAUAACGUUGCGUUUUAUAAGAUGAUUUUAUAUUCUUAGAAAAAACUGUAAAAGUUGGGGAAAAAAAAUGAGUAUUUCGUGGGUAAAAAGUAUAAUUUUUAAUCAUUACAUUUCAAGCAUGAACCAAUGGUCAUUCAUAAUGCAUGGAAGAAUCUCUCAUAUCUUAAAAUCUGAGCUUCCCAAAGGGAUUUGAUACCACUACUUUGCAUCAAGUCAUUAUAAUAACCCAUGCAAAACUUGACUUUCUCGAACAGCUCUCAUAUUAUCAUGAAGUUGGCUACCAAAAAGCAUUAAUUUCAACUACAUACAAUAUACAUCACCCUAUCGAAUGUGAGCAAUUUUUUUUUUCAAAUAGAAGUACAGUUUGUCUAUUCGGUUCAGUCGCACCUCAUGUUACAGAAAGCGAUGUCGUAUCAGAAAAUUGAUUUACCUAUAAAAUCAUCGAAUUUGCUGCUAAUCAUUGAAGUGUAUUUAUUACGAGUUGAACCCAAUAUUUUCAUUAUGGUAAUGCUAAUUUCAGGUUACCCAAAAAGCGCAAAGGGUGUGACUAAACCGAAUGUAAAAACUGCCAAUAGUAUAAAGAAAAACCCAUUCCUUUCAAUAAUCUAAAUAAAAAACAGAAUUUUAAAGUUGAAAGUGCAACUAUCCGUGUGGGGCAUUUUAAUUUUUUUAUUCACAAGGCGCUUAUUGUAAGUUCAAUAUAGUGUACAGCUGAGGCUACUGACAUGCCUAGAAAGUUUUUAGAAUCUGGCCAAUUGAGGCUGUAUAAUCUCCAAAAAUAAACAUAAACCCAGUACUACCGGAUGACUGAGUAAUGAAUCGAAAAAAAAAAUUUAUCGGGCAUAUACAUUUAUAAUGUAAACAUGAAAUGAUUGCUUUCAUACAGAGAUUCAUACUCGCGUACAAUUCCAUACAUCAGGGCAUGGUCGAUUUAAAAUAAUUGUGCUAAUAAUUGGUAUAACAUGAUCUUGGACUACAAGUCUGAGUUGGGAGGGGAGGGUUAUAUACAUGAACAUUCGAAACUAGUGUGUGAUAUAAAUGGUUACUCUGUUCUAGUAUCGAAAGAUUUGCGCAACAAAGUAAAUUGAAAAUAGAGUGACCAAUCAAAUGUACGGCGUAACAACUCUUGUUCGUUGGCGAGCUGUAUAGAUUGUAAUAUUGUAAUUUACGUUAUAUUAGUAUUAAACAUUGUAUAAAUUUCUACUAUAAUGAUUAAAAAAUAAACCAUUUGAUGAAU